CUUCACACCACGAGAGCUUGUCGUCUUCUUUUCCACAAUAGAGGCAUGACCUGUUCGUCGCCGCGUCAUCUCCGCACCGGAGCUCAGAUCUGCUGGCCGUCAUGUCAUCCUCUCCACAACAGAGCUUGGACAUGCUCGCCGUCACAUUGCCCUCUCCACACUGGAGCUCUCAGAUCUUCUCAUUAUCUCUCCCAUCCACAAAAUCUCAGAAAUUCGAUCCAAUUGGAAAAUUACAACAUAAACAAAAAAAAACAAAAAAAGUUAGGGAUUUCAAAAACUCUUUAAAGUAAAAAAGAGUUAAAGAAUUCAAAAUAUAAACUUCUGUUGUCGAUCUGCGAUGAAGAAGGUUGACUAUUGAGGUUCUCUUUCUUCUUCGACUUCGAUUUCGCCAUGGUUUCUCGAAGCUGAACGAGGUUCGGGGAUAGAUGAUGAAAAGGGAUCAUUGCAAUUAGAUUUUGAGAAACUAUGAAAGUGAUUUCAAUUUUUUGUCUCAAAAUAUGAAAGAUAAUGGAUGAAUUGUAUUUUACUAUGUUUCUUUAAUUGAGAUGUGUGUUCAAUUGGACAGAUUAUUGUUUUAUUUAAAAAAAAUUUAGUUACGAAAGAAAAAAUGUUAAGAAGAAACAAUAUUGGAGGUAUAAGAGACAAUCACGAGAGAGAAAGUGUACCUCCAGCAACAUGUGUUUGAUUGUGUAAAUUGAAAGUGGAAAUGUAUCUUAAAGCUUAAAAAUUUCUUAUUUUUCCCAACUCAUGCAGUGUCAUGUUACCAUAACUUAUCUCAUCAGUGGAUCCGCGCGACGUUACCCUACUUCUCCUACAAUUCCAGCACACGAUAGAAUAAAAAACAUUGCCACAAAUGGUCUAUGCCACGUAUGUAUUUAAGUGGGUCCCACAGUUAUCGAGGAUAAAUAAAUAAAACAAAACUAGUUCUCUUCAAUCUAACUCCUCAAUAUAUAUAACAAAAUCCACACAUUAAAGUUUGCCUCACAGAUAUCUUCCUCUCUACUUUUUCGCCACCAUCUCUCCCUCUCCUUACCUCUCUCUCUCUCUCUAAAGCUGUGUAAGAUUCAGACUAUGUUUGGAAAAAACUGGACUCAAGUGGCUAUGUCUGACGACUCGUUGGUGGCCGACGCGCUGCUCCUGCUCCGCCACUCGGAACCAACACCACCGCCGAAGAAAGCCGAAGCAUCUCCCAUCAAGUUGAAAUGGAGCGUGCGUCAACGGAGAUCGAAGAAAGGAGACCAAACGCGAGCCAGCCCCACAACUCCUCUUUCCUUGAGCGGGGCCACGUCUCUUAGCGGUGGUUCGACCACCGUAGAAGGCCUUGGAGAGUCCAGCGCCACCGUCAAACCCUCUGAGACCUUUAGAUCUAAGGUUUUUCAAACGAGUGCAAUAACAACAACUCUGUUCAAAAGAUCAAGGAAGAAAAAGACUCUGGCGGAGCUAAAAGAUGAGGAAGUCAUGCUCUUGAAGGAAAGCAGAGGCCUGAAAAAUGAAUUAGCAAGUAUGCGCGAGUUGGUCGAGCAACAAAGAGCAAGAAACAAUGCUCUAAAGAAGAUGAAGGCUGAGUCACAAUCUGCCUUGUCCUGCAAACGCGAACAAGGCUCCUCCUUCUUGCUCCCUGACCUAAACAUGCCACUAGAUACCGACACGAGCCCAUGAGCAUAUUAUUCUUUAGUUUUUCCCAUCACACUCAAACCACUAUACCUCCUACCCACAAAUAUGUUUUUUAACUGUAACUAUAUGAGUAUGAACAAUGUAGAUUACUGUUAACCCUUUUGGCCAUUUCCCGUGGCCGCUGUAGAAUAUUGGCCUCAAGGUGAGGUCAUUCGAGUUUAUGUUUCUCGAUAUAUCCUCUUCUCUAGGCAGUAGUAUGAUUUUUUGCUCUGUCAUUUUCCCAUUUUCACAGGAUGAGAUGUAAUCACCAUCAUAGAUACACUUCUAUCUUUCUUACUGUCUUUAGUAAUAUGUAUUGCAAGAUCACAUGGUCCUUUCUAUCAAUAUAACACGUUCCAAAACU